GGAAAUUCUGGGAGUUGAAGUCCUCCAGGCUUACAGUUGCCAAAUUUGGAGAGCCCUGUUUUAAGAGAUGAUAAUUGCAAGUUUUAUAGAAAAGGUGGUUGGGGUUUUUUGACUGGGAUGAAAAGCACACCCUUGAGGGAAGGAGAGCAGAAUUUGCAAUUUCUUGCAGUUUUUUUUUCACUGAGAUAAGAGGGACGGAUAUGGAUUGAUAAAAUAGUAGUGAGAUCAUGUCCCUCACUGUAUUUUUGAGGACAGAGAGAUCGCAGGGAAAGGUUUUUUUUUAUUAUUAUUAUUUUCUUCGGAAGAGGAGUCAGCUAGGAUUUAUUUGGAAAAGUUUGCAACAUUCAAGGAACAACCACACUGCUUCUUUUGUUCCACAGAGCGAAUCGUUUCUUAUUUAGAUAAGAACACAAUCUGGAAAGAAGUUGGGCAUAGAAUAAAAGCGAAUAAAACUAGCAAUGUAGGGAAGGCAUAAAAAAGUUUGGUCAAAGUAAGUAAGGAAAAACUUUUUUUUUUUUUUUUGCUUAGUCACCUUGAGCAACAGGGAUCUAGGACUACACUGAAGGCUUUCUAACUCCCUUCCAGAAGUGUAUGCGGGAAAAAAAAAAAAUAGAAGAUAAAUGGAACACAGCUUUGCUAAACAUUUACAGGGGGACGGCAACGAUUUUAAAUAUGUGAGACGUUGUUGCGCAAACGGGGCUCUGAUCUAUUACCCGGGGAAGAGUGAAAAAGCCAAGCAUUUGUAUGAUAUCUGUAAGAACUGAUCUUGUGGUUCCUGAGCAUGUUGUAAUACUGUUAUCUUUUAGGAAGGAACUGAAAAGUGGAAUGGAAGCCGAUAAUGCAGUUUACUCUUUCACUGCUCCCCCACCACACCUGUAUUUCUUCCGCUGUAAUGCCUUAUUCUGUAGCAGAAUAAGAUUUGGCCGCUCAUGAGUUCGAAUUAAUUCUAGCGUGUUAAUGAAGUACACUUGAGUGAGCAUAAAUCUCUGGUUAACCAAAGUUUCAAAGAUCUGGAAAUCUGCAUUCAGUGACUUUUAACGGCAGCAAUAUUUCUCUCCCGUGCAUGGAUGUACCUCGUAUUGAAUUACCCUGUGGAACUGAGAGAUUACAUUUUAUUUUUCUUGCAUGAUUUUAGAUCUGAUAAGCCCUUAGAAACUGCAUUCAUUUCAUGGUACGAUAGGCUGCAAACAGACCACGGGAGAGCCACUUUCCUGGCCAACCUCCAGCGAUGGCGAUCCUGUUUGCUGUUGUAGCCAGGGGCUCCACCAUCCUGGCCAAGCAUGCCUGGUGUGGAGGCAAUUUCCUGGAGGUUACAGAGCAGAUCCUGGCCAAGAUACCUUCCGAAAACAACAAGCUCACUUACUCGCACGGAAAUUAUCUGUUCCACUAUAUCUGUCAGGACCGGAUUAUAUACCUCUGCAUCACAGACGAUAACUUCGAGCGUUCCCGGGCUUUCACAUUCCUGAAUGAAAUCAAGAAGAGGUUCCAGACCACCUAUGGGUCUCGAGCACAGACCGCCCUGCCCUACGCCAUGAACAGCGAGUUUUCCAGUGUCUUGGCAGCACAGUUGAAAUAUCACUCUGAGAACAAAGGUCCUGACCAGAUAGUAGAGACCCAGGCUCAGGUGGACGAACUCAAAGGGAUCAUGGUCCGUAAUAUAGAUCUCGUAGCUCAAAGAGGAGAAAAGCUGGAACUGCUGAUAGACAAAACGGAAAAUCUUGUGGAUUCGUCCGUCACUUUCAAAACCACCAGUAGGAACUUGGCCCGAGCAAUGUGCAUGAAGAACCUCAAGCUCACCAUCAUAGUUGUCAUCGUAUCCAUCGUCAUCAUUUACAUCAUUGUGUCGGCUGCCUGCGGGGGCCUCUCCUGGCCAAGGUGCGUGUAGAAAUAGCCGCCCGAGCCAAAUCCGCCCCAUGAAAGGACACACAGGCGCCCACAGGAAUGUAUGUCAUCCAAUUGUGGACUUUUCUCACACUUCAUCCUUCCAGGACCACUCGAGAGUCUUUUUUGCCUUAUCGCCUUGUAAGGUAUGCUCCUUCAAAAACCCAAAGGAUGUUUUUUUUUCUCCGAAACGAGCAGGACUUCCUGUGGAAGGAGAGAGGAGGGCAAUGGACAAGGUAUCUUUUAAGUAUUUGCAUCCUCAUGCUUUGCACUUUACUUGGUGGAGCAGGUUGGGGGAGCUGAAGGCCCCCCGUAGACCUUAGGGGGGGAAGAGGUGAGUGAUGACCACUGAAGUCAAACCGAGUUCUUGCUCACGGACCCAGCCCAGAGAUGUGAUCGGCUUUUUUUUUUUUACUAAAAACGGCUUUUUCCUGCAGUGCCUUUCUUAAAACUCAUGACAGGCUGUGGCUUUUUCCCCUUUGAAGCUUCCUUUUGCGGCCCUUUCGUCGGGCGAGUGAAGAGGUUCUGCUUUUCAACUUGAGUGACUGGUAAAUGUAUAGUAUUAACGUUGCUGUAAACAUUGCUGCUAUUCGUGAUUUUUUUUGUGUGUGUCUUGGGUUCGUCCUCUCGCCUAGUUUGGAAGGUCCUUUCCGACUUUAUGGUACUUUGCUCUGGCUUCAUCUCCGGAGGUGUGUUCUAAAAGCUGUUUUAGCGCCUCCAAAGGAUCACACCCUGUGCAAGAUUCGGUGACUGCCCUCUUCUCUUUGAGCAUGGUGGAGCUAUUGUGCCUAGCUCAAAAAACACAAGAGGCAGGUGUUCUCCGAGUGGGAAUUCCCCCAAGCUACUGAUUUCCAAGGACAAAGUUAAUAGAGAAGCAUGAAGUAUUUGAAAACCAAUUUUUAAUCUCAAACUGCCGUAAAUUACUUGUGAAAAACUUUAACCCCCCCGCCUCCCAUUUGCGCAUAAUGUAAAGGAGGACGAAUCUUAAAUAGGAAGGUUCUUAAAUCUUCCCCGAGUUGUUGGCAUUUUAUGAUCUCAUCCUAGUUUUCUGAGGAGUCUCUGCUCGCUUUCCUCAGCAUACUGCAGAGAGUAAAACUGGUGCACCUAUCCUUGUUUCCUACAAGUCAUGGUCUUCCCCUUCAAAUGUCUCUGCAGGAACAAGCCAACAUUGAAUUAACUGUGCAUGUUUUAAAAAAAGAAAUGUCAAUCGCAGUGGUUAAUUUUCUAUCAUUUUGAAUGCCUUUAUGUAAACUGCUUCCUCCUCUUUUAAUAAAAUGAUGCACUGAUGCAUUAUUGUAAAAUAAAUUUAAAAUCUGUUUAAAUAAAUGUACUUAACUGCAGACAA